AUGGCACAUUCAUUGGUUCAAUUAAAUGAUUUACCUGAUGAAAUUCUUAUGAUUAUUUUCAAAAAUUUGAACAAUGAUGAGGUACUCUAUUCUUUGAUAGGUGUUAAUAAACGGCUCAAUACAUUUGUACAUGAUUCAACUUUUACAAGUCACUUAACAUUGAUGAGACGUUUCUCCAAUAAUACCAUCCAUCCAUUAUCUGAUACAAUAAUUGAUCGUUUUUUACAAAUUUUACCUUCGAUUCAUCAUAAAAUCCUAUGGCUCGAUGUUGAAUCGUCAAAUAUGGAACGUAUUCUUCUUUCUACAAAUUAUCCUAAUUUAUAUGGACUUGGUUUAUAUAAUUUUGAAAUAGAAAAAGUGAAACAUCUAUUUACUAAUGAAACUAUUUUAACUGAUUUAUUUAAAAAUCAAAUUUCAUCAGUUACUAUCUGUAUUAGGAAAAAUAAGGAACAAAUUAUAACAAGAGAUGAGAAAACAAUUAUAUUUACAGAUAUCUUUACUAUGUUCACCAAUCUACAAUAUUUAAACUUCAAACCAUCUUCAAAUUAUCCUCAACGCUUAUCAUUUGAUAUUUCACCUCCAAUUUUUAGUUCUUCAACUCUCUUAGAACUACAUGUCAAUGUAGAACAUUUCGACGAUUGUCUUUAUUUACUUGAUCGAUGUUUUACUCAACUUCGGGAAAAUUUAUCUAAUUUAAAAUGUUUUUCAUUAUGUUGUGAUGAACAUACAAGUGCUUAUGAUGAAUUAAUUCUUCCACUUUUGCACCGAAUGUUAAAUUUAGAAAAACUUAAUUUAUAUCUUAUAAUUUGUUACAAGAACACAUUUAUUAAUGGGAAUAAUUUGAAAAGAAAUAUUCUAAACCAUAUGCCACAAUUAAAUAAAUUUACAUUUGACAUUCGCUCAAGUUUUCAUCUUCAUAAUCAAAUUAGUUUAAUAUCAAAUGAAGAUAUUCAACAUACAUUCAAUGAUUUUCAAAAUAAUCAAAUUAUAUCUUGUGUUGAUUAUUUUUACAAGUUUGGACGAGGUGAAUGUCAUAUUUAUUCUUAUCCAUAUGAACGAAAAGAGUAUCACAAAAUAACAAAUAAUUUUCCAGGUGGAAUAUUUAAAUAUGUUCGUGAAAUAUCUUUAUUUGAUGAACGACCUUUUGAACAUAAUUUUUUUUUUCAAAUUUCUCAAUCGUUUCCAUUUAUGAAAAAAUUAACUUUAAUUAAUGAAAAACCACAAAAUGAUAAACAAUCUAGAAAAUUAGAUGAUAACAAUCAAAAUUUAUCAAUCAUUGAGUAUCCACAUCUUUCUCAUCUUGAUCUUGUUGACGCUCAUGAUGACUAUGUCGAACAAUUUCUUGUUGAUACGAACACUUGUUUGCCAAAUAAUGUUUUUCUUAAUGUCGAUUAUCAAAUACUGAAAAGAGUGACACAAGAUUUUACAAGAAAAACAACACGAACAAAUUGUAGAAAACUAGGUUUUUUAGGUCUAAUUUGUGAAUGUGAAAUUCCUGAAUAUUUAAAACAAUAUUUUCCUCAUACAAAAAUAUUAUGA